AGGUGCCGAACGGACAGCUCCUGCCAGGCCGCACAGUCCAGUUCGAAAUUCUUACCCAUAUUUAGACUCGUGACCACCCCAUCCCUGGGAACAGCCGGACAGGUCAUUCAUUAAAGGAAGUGGCUCCUGUCAGCUCCUGACCCGGAAUCGGAUCCCAGUCCCGCCCCCUCAGCGCCAGGCUUCCUUCUGCAACAGGCGCAGGUCACGCUCUCGCUCGCUCUCUUUCUGCCGCCAUCUUGGUUCCGCGUUCCCUGCACAACAUGCCUGGUGAAGCCACAGAAACCGUCCCUGCUACGGAGCAGGAGUUGCCACAGCCUCAGGCUGAAACAGGGUCUGGAACAGAAUCUGACAGUGAUGAAUCAGUACCAGAGCUAGAGGAACAAGAUUCCACACAGGCAACCACACAGCAAGCGCAGCUGGCAGCGGCAGCUGAAAUCGAUGAAGAACCAGUCAGUAAAGCAAAACAGAGUCGGAGUGAAAAGAAGGCACGGAAGGCUAUGUCCAAACUGGGUCUUCGACAAGUUACAGGGGUUACUAGAGUCACUAUCCGGAAAUCUAAGAAUAUCCUCUUUGUCAUCACAAAACCAGAUGUCGUUGAUGAGACAGGUGUGGAAGUUAAGGACAUAGAAUUGGUCAUGUCACAAGCAAAUGUGUCAAGAGCAAAGGCAGUCCGAGCUCUGAAGAACAACAGUAAUGAUAUUGUAAAUGCUAUUAUGGAACUAACAAUGUAACCAUCAAAAAAAUGAGGACUUUUUUGGUGUUUCAAAAGAGUAAACUGCAGCUUGGUUUGAAAUUUGUACUGUUUCUAUCAUUAAUAAAGUUAUGGCUUCUUGUUGGAUGAAUU